AUGCCAAAUGCGAUUUCGAUGUCUUUGGUUCACCCAGCAAUGGUCGGCCUCGUCACCGGAGCUGCCUCUGGAAUUGGGCGAGCAUGUGCCAAGAUCCUGGUCGAGGAAGGGUGUACGAGGCUCGUGCUCUCGGAUUUGACUGGGAGUGGUCUGGAGGAGAUCUCGAACGAGCUCAAGAACACCGAACCUUCCGUGGAGACUGUUCUAUUCGUCGGUGACAUGAGCAAAGAGGUCGACGUCAACCAGAUGGUCGAGGCUGGCGUCGCUAGAUUUGGAGCAAUUCACUAUUGUAUCAAUAGUGCGGGCGUGACAAGUAAACCCAGACUACGGACGCACGAACUGGAGACGGAGGCAUUCGAUCGAGUCAUCAACAUCAACCUUCGAGGCUUAUGGCUUUGCGAAAGAGCGCAGAUCCGCCAGUUCCUGAAGCAAGCGCCAGCGCUGAAAACUCGCAAUCAUGCCGAGGGAAUAGCGACCCAGCGAGGAACUAUUGUCAACAUCAGCAGCAUUUUCGGCAUCACAGCACACGCAACUGCUGGGGCUUAUCCCGCCUCGAAAUCCGGAGUACUAGGGCUGACAAGGACGGAUGCGGUGGCGUAUGCACAAGAUGGGAUCCGAGUCAACGCCAUCUGUCCUGGGUUUAUCAACACACCGUUGGUGGAAAAGGCAAAAGCAGCAGGCGCAGACUACAACAAACUCGUCAGCCUGAUCCCAUUCAGACGAAUGGGUACUGCCGAAGAGUUGGCCGAAGCGGCAGUGUGGUUAGCAAGUGAGCGAGCAAGUUAUGUGAGCGGUGUUGAGUUACCGGUGGAUGGUGCUUGGGUCAGAGCGUGCAACACAUGA